UGAAUAAAAAACGUCGAGACUUUCACGGAAACCUUUACAAGUAACAGGUUGCAGCAACAAAAGCAGCCGACAUGUAUAAUUCUCUUGCUUCAAAGGAUGACAAGGAUGAAGACUUUGACUGGGAUCGGUUAGAUGAACUUCUCAAGACACUUAGUGCAGAUGAAGUUGAGGAGCUUAAUGGAGAUUUUGAUCCAGAUAAUUCUUUACUCCCACCAUCCCAGAGGUGCAGAGAUCAAACAUCAAAGCUUCCUACUGGACCUCUGAACAGAAAGAAAUUAUUAGCAUUCCUUGAAAAGAAAGCCAAAGAGGAGAAGGACUGGGAAGAAGCAAAGCCUUAUACUGGAGAGAAAAAAGGUAAAGCCUAUGUUCCCAAGGAGCCACCCAAGAUUGAAAAUAUUGUAGAUGAAGAAGUUCAGACUGAAUGGGAUGACAUUUUGUCUAAAGCUACUGAAGAAGAGCUGGUAGAUUUGGCAGCUGUCCUUGGAUUCCAUGGAAUGUUGAAUCAAGUUCAGUAUAAUGCAUCCAUAGAAGACAAGGAAAUCGUUGGUGGAUUUGCUGGUGUUGCCAGAGCUGAGGAUCUAAGAGUUUUCGAAGAACUGGCUCCUAAUACGACUAACUAUGAGGAAAGCUUAACAAGACUGAAGGAUAAUGAUCCAAAAUUGAAGCAUCUUAAUCUUAACAACAUUAAGGGCAUUCCAAAAGAAAAAUUGAUAGAAAUAGUUGGAACACUGAAGACAAACACACAUCUAGAAAUUUUUGAAAUGGCUAGUGUGGAUGCUACAGAUUUUGUGGCCAAGGCAUUAGGCAACACACUGACGAUUAAAAGGCUGCUGCCGCUACAUCGUCGGCCAUUCGUUGAUUAUUCUGUUAUUAGAAAACGUUUAGUUGUAGCCAAUUCCAACGAUGUGUUGUUUGUGUUUGUACACAUCCUCCUACGUACAAAUCCGGGCAACAAUUUACCCAUUCACGUACGACCACGAACAGUCGUUCACAGUCGUUCGUUCCGUUAUAGGAUAAAAAAAGGUAAAGUUCCUUUCCGAGUCAUGUAA